AUGUUCUCCUGCGUCAAUUAUCCCCGUGGCUGCCGUGGCCGCGUUAACAUUGAAGGCACCAAGUGCGCAGACUGUGUUGCACUCAAACUGCGCCGCCCAUCAUCUCCAUCGCCCUUUGCACAGCCCAGAGACUACCGGAGGGCACUACCGUCGGAGAUCUUGGGAAGCUCCCCGUACAAGGAGCCCAGCAUGCAGUUCUAA